AAAAUAAUCACAAGUGAAGGUAUCUCUCCGGCGAUGGCAAUCGCUAAUCUCGGUAACUUUACUGUCUGUCAGCCGAAACCUUUCCUCUGUACCUGUUCGAUGCUGCUCGUGUCGCCAGAUUCAGCGACGAUUGCUCUUCUUCGGUCGGUAUCGCUUGCAGCAGCGGCAGGGCAUGCAUAUGCAAGCCUUGACCCAGGCGAUGUCAAUUAAUCGACCUCAGGUGGAAUGGAAAUCUACAACUCAUGCAAUUUCUUUGAUCCUUCCUCAUCUUCAGUGCCUAAAAUUUACCGUAAGUAGCCUGCAACAAUUUUUUAA